AUGUUAUUCGUCGCAGCGAUUCUUGUCGUUUUUGCUACCAGUGUCUACGGUCAACAUCAAUUGAUUAUUCGGGACAAUGGAAAAUUGUGUACUCCAUGGAUACCGACAACUGGUGGACAAAUAUCACUCACAUAUACAAAUAAUCCAGAAUGUGUCGGACAAGUUGGAUUUGAACAACAUUCCACCUUCAUGCAAGUUCGCCUAUGCUGUCAAGCGUUGCCUACAACUACAGCAUCAUCCAUCUUUCCACGCGAGUGUGGUAGACAACAAUAUCAACCAAUAAAGGGACGUAUAGUCGGAGGAAUGCAUGCACAUCCAAACUCAUGGCCAUGGCAAGUGCGUAUACACGCUGAUGGUGGUCUCUGUGGUGGAACUUUAAUUGAUACAAGACAUGUUCUGACAGCAGCUCAUUGUCUUCGAACACCAAUUGUUCCACAAAAAUAUAUGGUCUAUAUUGGUUUGCAUGAUAUCAAUCAACCAGUCUAUAAUGAACAGCAAAUUGUGGCAGAACAAAUUUUUAUGCAUGAACAGUACGAUACAUUGACGAGUGAAAAUGAUAUUGCUAUUAUUCGUCUUUCAAAACCAGUAACAAUUUCAGACAAGAUCAAUGUUAUCUGUUUGCCAGGUCCUGAAGCACACAAUGCAAAUGAAACGGUUUGGGUCGCUGGUUGGGGUACAACAUCAUUUCAAGGUCAAACAAGUCCAGUUUUGAAACAAGCAUCGUUGCAUGUAAUGCCAGAUCGUUGUGGAAUGAUCUUUCGUACUUAUGAUAAUCGAAAACAAAUGUGUGCUGGUGCUUACGGUGGAGGACAUGAUACAUGUCAAGGUGAUUCAGGAGGACCAUUGAUGUACGAAUCAAACGGACAAUGGUUUUUAAACGGUGUUGUUAGUUAUGGUCAUGAAUGUGCUCGAGAUGGAUAUCCUGGUGUUUAUGCUCGUGUUAGUUAUUAUCUUCCAUGGAUCAGAAGUAAAUUGAGUGCAGUUUAA